CGUCCCGCCGUCCCGCCGCCGCGCCGCCCGUUAAGGGCCGCGUCUGCCGCUCGCCCGGCCCCGCGAGCAGCGCCGGCGCCGCCAUGUCGCAGAAGCCGAGGCCCCGCGGCCGCCCGAGCGACCGGGAGCGGAGCUGGGCCCGCGGCGCCGGCGACCAGGAGUCCCCCAGCACGUCCCGCGGCGCGGCGGCGGCGCUGCAGGCCGCCCGGCGCCCCGAGGGCUCCCCGUCGCUCGGGCCGCGCAGCCCGAAGCAGCUGGAGCUGAAGGUGGCCGAGCUGGUGCAGUUCCUGCUCGUCAAGGACCAGCGGAAGAUCCCCAUCCGGCGCGCCGACAUCCUCAAGCACGUCGUGGGCGACUACAAGGACAUCUUCGGCGAGCUGCUGCGGCAGGCGGCCGAGCGGCUGCACGACGUGUUCGGCUACAGGCUGGUGGAGCUGGAGCCGCGCAGCAACACCUACAUCCUGGUCAACACGCUGGAGCCCGUGGAGGAGGACGCCGAGGUGCGCGGCGACCAGGGCACGCCCACCGCCGGCCUGCUCAUGAUCGUGCUGGGCCUCAUCUUCAUGAAGGGCAACUCCAUCAAGGAGACGGAGGUGUGGGACUUCCUGCGGCGCCUGGGCGUCCACCCCACCAAGAAGCACCUCAUCUUCGGCGACCCCAAGAAGCUCAUCACGGAGGACUUCGUGCGCCAGCGGUACCUGGAGUACCGGCGCAUCCCGCACACCGACCCGGUGGACUACGAGCUGCAGUGGGGCCCGCGCACGCUCCUGGAGACCAGCAAGAUGAAGGUGCUCAAGUUCGUGGCCAAGGUGCACAACCAGGACCCCAAGGACUGGCCGGCGCAGUACUGCGAGGCCCUCGCCGACGAGGAGGCGCGCUCCCGGCCCCAGCCCAGCGGCCCGGCGCCCCCAGCCACCGCCUCCGCCUCCUCGUCCGCCUCCUCCUCCGCUUCCUCCUCUGCCUCCAGCUCCACCAUCACCAACUUUGCCUCCUUCUUGGCGAAUGCCAAGAGCUAGACCGCAGGGAGCCUUCUUGGGCUCGAGGGGGUCCCAGAGGCGAGGAGCUGUGGGUAGGAGACUUACGGGGCCUUGGGAUGGGCUUUUAUAGACUUGUUGUUUUCGUAUAAGUUAUUGGGUCCCAGAGUUCCGUUUAUCAGAACAGUAGAGAGGGAAUUUACUCGCUUUGGUUGUGCUCUCUACUUUGGGGGAGGAGUUUGGUUCGUUUCUUUUGCUAGCUGUAGUUGGAAAACUUGUCUAUAAACCAGGCUGCGGGGCAGAUGUUUCCAGAGGCUAGCCUGAAAUUGCUUUGGUGCCAAGAAUUAUCUGUGGCCUUUUAACAAUCCCAGUUUAUAAAAGAAAUAAAAUCAUUUUUAUAUUAAAAAGAACAUAAUAAGCCUGUUACCAUUUUAUUAACCUCAACAGCCACUUUAUAUUGUAUUGAUGGUGCAUAAAAGUGUGAUUCUUCGUUUUGAACCAUAUGUGUAGAUAGUAAUUUUUCCAAAUAACUUUUCACAUUUGUAUUAGAUUUGUAGCUGAAGUGUUACUUGGUAUUAAGUAUUACUAGGUAUAUUAAUACUAGUAUUUAGUGUUACCGGGGUAGAUACACGUUGUUUUAUGUAUAUGUAUUGGAUCACUUUGUAAAAUAAAUUUUAUUCUGGGACCAGAGAGAUAGUACAACAGAUAGUAUGAUGCUUGCCUUGCAGAUGGCCAACCCGAGUUUGAUCCUUGACACCGCCAUAGGGUUCCCUGAGCCCCGCCAGGAGUGAUCCCUAAGCACAGCUAAUGUGGCCCAAAAACAAAUGUUUGUUUGCGGAUCACAAAAAGCAGAUAAAGCCUUCAGACUGCUUGGGUUCAGAUCCCAGCUCUACCAGUUAGUGAUACUUGAAUGUAGGCUUGUUUAAAGAUGUUUCCUGGCCCGUGAAAUGUGACAAGGAAGGACUUCUGGGGCA